AUGUCGUCGAUAGACACCGAUCCAGGGAAACGGCCUCCCACGGCUGUCACAGAACUUCCGCCGCCGCCGCGACGAUGGGCGCUCCUCCACUGGCACGAGCCCAAUACCUCCAAAGAAGAGAAAUGGCUUAUCUUCAAAUUGGACUGGUUCUUGUUGAGCUAUAGCUGCCUGUGUUUCUUCAUCAAACAGCUUGACGGCAACAAUGUGACAAACGCCUAUGCGUCCGGAAUGGCUAGCGAUCUGCACUUCGGCCCGGGAAAUGAACUCAGUUGGAUGAACACCUAUUUCAACGCCGGCGUCAUCAUCGGCGGACCGUUCUCAAACCUGAUUCUCACCGGUGUGCGCCCGCGCUUCUGGCUCCCGCUUUGUCUCUUCGCGUGGUCCCUUUUCGUGCUAUUUCUGUUCAAAUGCAACACGGCCCACGAGUUCUACGCGCUCCGCUUCUGUAUCGGCCUGUUCGAGUCCGCAGCGUGGCCCGGCAUUCAAUACGUGCUAGGAUGCUGGUACACGAAGUCGGAGAUGGCACGCCGAAGCGGCCUAUUUGUCAUGUCCGGGGUGCUGGGUCAGAUGUUCUCCGGGUAUCUGCAGGCGGGUCUGUAUCGUGGAAUGGAUGGAAAGGGAGGGAUGCCUGCGUGGCGAUGGCUCUUCAUUUUCGACUUCGUUCUGGCGGUACCGGUCGCCGCCUACGGGCUGGUCUUCUACCCGGAUACCCCCGAGACAACGCAGGCAUUUUACCUGAGCGACUGGGAGCGCAAGCGCGCGAUUGAGCGGAUUGCAGACGACGGGCGGACUCCACUCAGCCAGCGUCGACUUCUGGACUGGAGCGUGAUCCGACGGGUGCUGGGGAGCUGGCAGCUUUACGUCUUCUCGCUGGCGUAUUGUCUUUGGACUUUGACGUGCGGAUCGUAUGUGAUGCAGUAUUUCACCCUGUGGCUGAAGUCCACGGGCCAUUACUCAGUGCCGCAGAUCAACUCACUUCCAACUUGCAUGGGCGCGAUCAACUUCGUCUUCAUGGUGGCGACCGGGUAUCUUGUGGAUUUCUUUGGUGAAAGAGGGCGCGGGCCGGUGUGCUUUGCAGUAGGAUGUUUGUUGACCUUCUGCUUUGCGGUGCUGACAGCGUGGGAUGUAUCGGAGCAAUUCAAGAUGGCGGUGUUUAUUCUGAGCGGCUGUUAUGGGUGCUAUACCCCUCUGUUGGCAGGCUGGGUCAAUUCUGUCUGCGGCGGAGAUCAGCAACUGCGCGCUUUCGUUUUGGCGUUUAUGGUCUCGUUGGGCCAGGCUGUGGUCAUACCUUUCCAGCAGUUUCAAUUUCCGAGUAGUCAGGCGCCUGAUUUCAAGAAGACGCAUGGGUGGGCCAGUGGGCUGGCGUUUGUGGUUGCUCUGACGCUGUGGACGGGAGUUGGCAUAGAUACAGUGCAGCGGGUGGUUCAGCGGAGGAAGAAGACCGGAAAAUACAUUACUGUGAAUGAUGCCGACCUUGCCUACCGCCUGGUCGGGCCCAAUGAUGCUCCCUUGGUCGUCACUCUACACGGUGGUCGUGGAUUCGGAGACCACACCGCCGACUUCAAAGCAUACUUUCGUCUCUCUCAGGAUAAAUUCCGCAUUCUUUCGUUCGACUAUCGUGGACAUGGCCAGAGUUCGCGCACCAAGCCGUAUACUUUCCAGCAAAUAGUGAAUGACAUAGAGGCCCUUCGACGUCACUUUGCAGGGCCAGACACGCCGUGCAUCAUCUGCGGCGGCAGCUUCGGUGGUUUCCUAGCGCUGCAGUACUCCAUUGAGUAUCCCGAUAAAGUGUCUCAUCUGAUCUUGAGAGGGGCCGCUGCCUCGCACCAUCACGAGGAACAGGCCAUUCAGACCCUUGAAUUCCGUCUCCACCGAGCCCCCGGGAUGAGCAUCAACAUGCUCCGUGACAAGAUCUUCGGUCACUUCAACAGUGACAUCGAGUUCCAGCUCGUGAUGCACGCUGCCGCACCGCUCUAUCGAGAGGAGUUUGAUUCUGAUCUUGCUCUGCAGCAGAAUCUCGCUACGGUGUUCAAUGCCGAGUCGCAUAAUGAUCUUUACGCCGCACCAGAGAAGUUCUUCGACUAUCGAGAUCGGCUCCAUCGGAUCAGUGCGAAGACUCUAGUCAUCGUUGGAGAAAAAGACUGGAUUUGUCCGCCGGCGCAAUCCGAGAUUAUUGUGGAGGGGAUCCCAGGAGCUAAGUUGGCGAUUGUGGCUGGCGCAAAUCAUAGUGUGCAUUUGGAGAAGAACGAGAUGGUUUUGGAGAUGAUUCGGGCGCAUUUGGCUCGGGACUGA